UUUCGUAGGUUAUGUUUUUGUUAUUGUGCGCUUGUUCCUUAAAAUAAAACGAAAUUUAUAGCCUUCUGAUAAAUUAAAUGAGUUGAUAAAGAAAUUAAUAUGUGGUGCAACAGACGAAUUUUCAGGUCUUUAAGACCUUGUCAAAUCAAAUAUAGUUUCUUUAAUUUUUCUUAUCAUAAAUGUUAUCACAAAAUGCCCUUUCUAGAUUUUUAUGAAAAAACCACAGGUCAAAGUAUAUCAGAGCAUGAACUUCCAUUUUUAACGAAAAAGCAUCCCAAUAUUGAAAGCUUGACACAUGAUGGUUUGCAAUACACUCUACAAAUAUUGGGAAAGUUUGGUAUCACUCCUUCGGAUGCUUGUGCAAACAUUCAUCUAUUUUCUAUGAACCCAAUAUCAGUGGAUAACUACGGGGAAAUCCUUAAAGAAUGUGGCUUUGUGAAUAUUGAACCAAAACACAUAAUAAGAUAUCACACAAUAGUUAGGUCAAGGACGAUUAGUGAGCUGAAAAAACAAGGCCUUAUGAAUAAGAAUUUUAGCUUAGAACAAGCUCUAUUGGACUGCUUCCAGGAAUGGCCAUCAAACUGCAAGACAUUACAGAACUUUUCUGACUACAACACUUCUAUUUUGGCAGUUCGUAUGGGUGUGCUAGAAAAAUAUUUACACUGGAGAUUAAAGGCAACACCUGAAGAUUUCCAAAAGUACUGCAAAAACUACUUGCCUUUAAAGCAUAAACCAAUGUCAGAUAUCAAAGAAGCUCUAAACUUAGCACAGAAUGAAAUUAAAUUUGACGUAGAAUUGAUAAGGAGAAAUGGUUUUGUUAUAUCUACAGACCCAAUAAGGACAAAGUUGAUAUUAGAAAAUGUUGACACUUUAGCCGGCAUGGAUAUCAGAGAAGCCAUUCGAGUAGAACCAGGCUUACUGAAAAAUAACCACAUUGCCCUCCUAGAAGUAAAAAGUUUAUUAGAAGAAUAUGAAAUAUCAACCGAAGCACAGCAAAGGUGUCUCCGAGUGUUUUGCAUGCGUGCACAAACAGUCAAAGAACGCUUGGAUGAAUUAAGGCAAUUAAAAGAGUAUCAACUGCUGGCAUCAAACCCCAGAAUUUUAACGUUAGUAGUUCACAAAAGAAAAAUGAUGUCACGUCUUACUAGAAUACAAGCAGCAAAGAAGCAAUGUUACAGUUUGAAUAACCUUGUUUCAUCCAGUAAAGUGUUCAACAAUUUCAUAAGCGGCUUCGGCAACAAAGUCUGCGGGCGCGACAUCGCCAUACUUAUAAGUUCAGCUGUCCACGGAAACUCCAAGAUGACAACCAACGAAGCAAUCAGGGACGUGGCCCAAAGACUGAAAAGACACAAGUACUGGCUACACGCAGCCCUGAGCGUUGUCGACGAAAACUUGCGAUUUCUCAAGACGAAAUUCAACAACGAUAUCAUACUCAAUCACUGUCAAAUACUUCUGUAUCCUAUCUCCGAAAUAGAAUAUUACCUGGACCACUUUCUUAAGAUUCGAAACGGCGAUAUCAAGAUACAAGAUUACUCCAAAAUCCAACUGGAUGCUACAUAUAACAGCCUCAAGCCUGGCGAACUCACAGACAGUCAAAUUCUGAGUUUAGUUUUAUACGAAAUGGAGAAGAAAUACCAUUUUAGCGGCGAUGGCAUUUGGGCCCGACAGGAAGGCGGCAAAGCCGAGUCGCAGAGAAUCUGACAACAGUUACGUCGAGUGGUAUGUGAGUAACUUGAUUGUUUAUUCAUUACUCUCGAUGUACCUUAAAAUAUUAUAAUAAACAUGUACGCACACGUUGCACUCACAGUUCGCAAGUGUUGUUAAGAAAUCAAGUUUUUGUGUCAAAAAUUUUGUGGCAACAAAGAUGACAACAAACUAUGAGCAUUCACGUGUAAUGUAAUAAUGCAAGUUAUGCAAGAUGCGUACCAAAACAUGAACUAAUUCAAUUAAAAAAAAACUCCUUACCUCAGUUUAACACAGUUAAGCACCUGCGAUUGAACUGAUUUACUAAUUUAUACUAUCCACCGAUUCGUAAUUUCCAGGUUGAAUAUUUUAACUACAAAAAUUUUAUAAAUGGAAAUUCAAUUUGUAAAUAAAAUACUGCAACGUUUUUUAAAUAGCGAAUGGUAAAAUGUAAAUUACUAUAAAUAUAACUAAAGUAUUAACUUAAAUAAGGAUAUUAUUUUUGUAAUGUUAUGUUUUGAUGAUAAUAAAUAAAAGUCCUGAAGUAA